CGGCCGCGGCGGUCCAUUGUCACAUGUCGAUGACAGCAUGUAGCAGGAAGGGCGACAUUCUUGCAUGUGUUGCACCAUAGACCUGAAGGUUGCACGUCUACAUGAAGAUUUGCCCAUUAGGCACCAAGCCAUGUUGUUAUGAAUAUAUAAUGCCAUGGAGAAAGGAAUGGACAUGUGGUGAUUCGUGAUGUUUUUGUGAUCAAAGCAGCUGAGCUAGGCUUGUACAACAAGACUUAGCCUCAUCUAGGUCUUGUCAUGCUUGUGGUUGGUUGUUUUUGCCUACCACAGUCCUGACAGUUAACAAACUAGAAUGGAGAACAAGGCAUCUGCUUGCGUCUUCUCGUUUGGUGUGAUUUCAGACAUACAGCACGCCGACAUAGAGAACCGCCUCAAUUACUCGCAGACAUGCAUGCGGUACUAUCGCAAUGCCUUGGCACUGCUUAAGGAAGCGGUGGACCACUGGAUGGACGGUGACACCUCAGCGAUUCGGCCGGAUUUUGUCGUGCAGUUGGGUGAUGUUUUGGACGGCUUCAACAGCGAGGGAGGCAAGGAUGAAUCACUGCGCAUCCUUGAUGUGAUCUUGAACCAGUUUGACAGGCUUCCCUGCACUGUCCACCAUUUAUUUGGCAACCACGAAUUCUACAAUUUCAGCCGGGUGGAACUCAUGAACAGUCGGCUCUUCUCAGGGGCCAAGUUCGAAACCACUGCGAGAGACUCUGAGUGUGAGUGUUUUCCGGAAGACUCAUUGUCCGCUGGCAAGUCCAGGGCAGGAGGGCUUGCAACGUACUACCACUUCAGCCCUGCUCCCGGAUUUCGUGUGGUGAUACUGGACUCGUACAGUAGAAGCAUUAUAGGGCACAACGACAUGUGCCCCAUCGGUCAGGAGUCACUGCGUCUUGUGCGCUCCGUCAACAAGAACGAGAUUCUGAAUUCUCCUCUGGGCUUGAAGGUCUCCGAGAAGCGUUUUGUCGCAUUUAAUGGAGGGCUCGGAGAGAAGCAGAUGGCAUGGUUGGAAAAUGUCCUAGAAGGAGCAUGUCUUGCCAAGGAAAAGGUCAUUUUGUUUGGCCAUAUUCCGAUCUACCCAAUACACAGAGAUCACACGUGUCUUCUUUGGGACUACCAAGAGGCUCUCAAGUUAGUGCGCUCCUCCCCCUGCGUAGUUGCUUUGUUUACGGGCCACACCCAUAGCUACGCCUACACCGUCGACGAGAUGUCGGGGAUCCACUUCUUGAACUUCCCUGGCGUGGUGGAGAUCCCACCAGGUGGUAACGGCUUUGGGACCAUUGCGGUGUACGGUGACAGACUCGUCCUUCACGGAGUUGGUCAUGUUGACGAUGUCGUGAUGAAGUUUCCCGAGCAGUCAAUGUACCAAGAUUGAUUUUGGACAUGUAUGACACGUCAUCAACCAGCAACCCACAGUGUUGGUACAACCAGAAUGUCAUCAUGGGCUGUUGGCUUUCAACAGGUAUUAACCGUGGCAUCAUUAAUGCAACAGCUAACCACCCACCCACAUCCAAUCCACCUGGAUGACCUUUGUUUCAAUAGAUCUCUUUCAUCCCUCUUGCUUUUUCACAUGUACCAUUCAAAGCAAAGUAGCUGGAAGGAAAACAGUCUGAUCCAUUUUGUUAGUACUUAGAGUUAUUGCCAGUGGGUCUAAAGGGAACAAGACAAACCUGGCAGCAUUGUGAUAAAGGCCUAUAUAAGGUAAAUAUUUAAACGCCCUGUGUGCAGAAUAAUACAUGUGCACAUGUGAGCCAUGCCCGUUGAGAGGGGGUGAGCAAGGUGGGGGAACUGCAGUUUUCCUGUCAUUGAUAUACCGGUAUUUAUGUAUUUAACGAGAAACUAAAUUAUGGGUAUUUUGUGUUUAAAGUAAAAGGUAUUUAGUAUUUGAAGAAAUUGGUUUUUUUUUGUGCCAGAGCAACUUUCCCCUACUGCUAAACUUUUAAAACUUACAGUAUGAACAUUUUUAUAUAGAAUAUUGGGGAGAUUAAUUGGCCUGUUUAGGGUCUCAAUCCAGAGGACCAAAUUUAAAAAUAUUAAUCUUGAAACCCAGGACGAUGGAGAUGAACCUGAAUAUCUUGGAAACCUGUGAGGUGUUAGCUAAACAUGGUGGCCUCUCACUGUCUGUGAGCUUUGUUCAUUAGAUUGUCAUUGUACUUGAUGCUCCCUGGAUCCACUUUUCCCAAUGAAGCCUGUUAAGCUGCAAGUUCUGUUGUUGUCUUACUUUGAAAAGACAUUUUUCAUUUGGACAAUAAAGGUGGCAUGACUUUUUAAUGCACAUGUAUGGUUUGGAACCGCCAAUGGGAGCACAAGUUUGGUAAGUCAUUGUAUGCCCCCAUUGCAUUGAUAUUUGUUCCCUCACAUACAUGUACUUGUAUUAGGUUUUUCAUAUUUUUUUUUUGUUUUCAGAGAAUGCCUAGCCAUUAAUGAAAGAUGGCCGACUCCUGAAUGAAAUCAGUUUCUCAUGAUUUGUGCAUAUAGGAGCAAGAUUCAGCAAGUUCUCUUAAUUGCAGUUUGCCCUUGGUUUUUUUUUUUAACUUCUGAUUAUUGUUUCCUUUAAGUCAAGUGUGAAAUGAAUCGAGGCCAAGCCACUUUUUUAUUAUCAUUAGGGUGUAUUUUGCUGUGAAUAAUAAACUAUACUUUUUAACAACAUGCAUGUAUACAUAGUAUGCAGAAAAUUGGCAAAACUGUUGUUCAAAUUGCAGGAUUUCCUUCCAGUCUUGCCCUCAGGUGUUUUAUCUGUAUCAAUUAUGCAGCAAACGUGAAAAAUUACAUGUUACAUUACAUGUUUUCCUAUACAAUAUACUUGGAAAGUAAACAUGUAUUACCUUACAAUAACUAAGUAGGAUUUAAUCCCAGUGUGAAAUCAUAUCUUUGGAGAUUGGAUACAUUUUAAAACUAUUUUUAAAACAGCAGUUGUGUACUAUUUUAAGAAGUUCAGCUCUUCUGUAGUGAAGUGAUUUAUAGCCUGAAAAGCGUAAAAUUGAACACAUUUCAGAGAUUUAAGUCAUCUUAUUUUUGCAGGAUUUUAAGAAUGUGGUGUUUCGAGUUUUACUGCAUGUGGGCUCGAAAUAUGAGUAUAUCGAAGAGAUGAAAUUUGCUGUCAAAAUUGCCAGAGCUCCCUUUAGUCUUAGUAAAGGUAAUUUGUAUUGGCACAUGUGCACAACCACACCCAUGGGAGCACUUUUUUUUCUAACAAAGACACACACCCUUAUGGAGCACAGAGCAAUGUGGAUGAAGUUUUUGCAAUAUUGGGAUUCGCCAAAUGUAAAACUUCAUUCUGAGUCGACAUCAAGCUAGGUGAUAUAAUCAUGUGUAACCUUACCAUGUUUACAUUAUUGUCUUCAAAAGUGGUGCUCAUUAACACCAACAGGUGUGCCCACGAUGAUGACUGUGCACACAUGCAAUAUUAUGUAGCUUCAUAUAUCACUUGGGCCUGGUUUUACAGACUUGUUCUUUGUAAAUUGUUUCUGAAUUUCAUGUGACAAAAUGUACUGCUGAAUAAAUCUGUCUGUGCAGCAGUGGCUUGAGCUUUGCUGAUGAGCGAGAAA